AUGACGCAUAAUGAUUUUCCUGAAAAGUGCCUGAGGGUCCCCACUCUCCCCUAUGCGCGAAAAUGCGUAAAUACCACGCUACUGCCAAGAGUGCGUACUAAGGGUGUUGUGAUACAAAUGAGUCAUCAAUAUAUACAAAGUAUACAAGCGGAUCGCAUACGAGCAGAUCGUGGAUAUAUAGAUCAUGGAUAUGUAGAUACAGUUUCAGGCGGGCAAACAAAUCCAACAAGUCGGAAGCACUCGAUUCGGAGGCGAUGGCAGGAAGAACGGAUACCAGUCGGAAGCGCCCGAAUUGUACACCGGGAGUACUCGGUUGCAUAUGGGAGCAUCCGUACAUUGUACGGAAGAUCGGAAGCAGCUUAUCAGGAGUCAGGGUCGACCGGAAGCUCGUGCACUGGGAGCGCUGUGAACGAAAGCACCUGUUCAUUGCACGACGGAUUCUUGGAAGCACUCGAGCUAGAAGGAGGAAUCUCAAGGAGCGAUUUUGAUAUGAUUAAGGAUCUAGACAGAAUUUGUACCCCCAACCGUGUAAUUCGUAAUUGUUAUGUUACGAUACAUAUAAUUAAUGCAACCUUUUUAUAUGUUGCAGCGCUUUCCGACCCACCGAUAUUUGCUGAGCCGAUACCAAAUGUCACUGUGGCACUGGGAAGGGACGUCAGUCUACCCUGUGUCAUCGAAAAUCUCGGAAGUUAUAAGGUGGCGUGGAUCCACGUUGGGCGCCAAAUGCUGCUUACUAUUCACAAGCACGUGGUCGUGAAAGUACCUAGGUUUUCCGUGUCACAUGACAAUCAGAAAACAUGGUUGCUUCAUAUUAAUAGUGUACAACAGGAUGACCGGGGUUAUUAUAUGUGCCAAGUAAAUACCAAUCCAAUGAUAAGCCAAGUGGGCUUUCUUCAAGUUGUAGUGCCACCGAAUAUAUUGGAUUCCCUUUCUACGGAGAGCACCGUAGCGGUUCGAGAACAUCAGAAUAUUACUCUCACAUGCAAGGCCGAUGGAUAUCCGCCGCCAAAAUUAAUGUGGAAACGAGAAGAUGGUCAAGUAAUAAGCCUCAACAAACAUCAUAAAGUGAACCUGUAUGAUGGCGAGCAAUUAAACUUGACGAGGAUCACACGCAGCGAAAUGGGUGCUUAUCUCUGCAUCGCGACCAAUGGUGUGCCGCCCACGGUCAGCAAAAGGAUCACCGUUGAUGUCGAAUUUUCUCCAAUGAUCUUCGUGCCGAAUCAGCUUGUAGGUGCGCCGACUGGCACCAAUGUAACGAUUGAUUGUCACACAGAAGCUUAUCCCCGUGCUAUGAGCUACUGGUUUCUAGGAGAUGAGAUGAUUCUCUCCAAUGAGAAGUAUGCGACGAAUAUCAUGGAGAACAGCUACCGCGCGCACAUGAGACUCACCAUCAGAAACUUGACAGCGAGUGACUUCGGUAGCUACCGGUGCAUUAGCAAAAACUCGCUGGGCGAGACGGAAGGAUCCAUCAGAUUAUACCCCAUUCCGAAGCCAUCAGCAGCACCGAAGGCGACGGAGAUCAAGAGCAGCGCUAACAAUGAAGGACGACCGAGCACGCCACCGCCAGCAAAAAGGCUGACCACCGUGUGGCCUUCGUCGUACAACCCAUACUCUCCGAAAAGGACAGAGAGACCACCUCAGCCGAGUGAGGAGAGAGUUGAGAGGCCCGAGCAGAAGCUACGUGGUGGCGAAAGUACAGGAAGCGCAUAUAUCAUCAAAUGGAGUGCGCCGCAAUUGAUGGUCGUAGCAGUGCAGUACAUUCUCACGGGGCCCUACAUGCCCCCUUAUGUGCCGCAGACAGCGAAUUAA